GCUUAGCAUUCAGUGCGCGCGUACGAUUAAACGAAUUAACACCGCAUCCUGCAGCCUAGUGUUAAAUAUCAGUUGGAUUCAAACAUUUCUUAUCCUACAAGGAAGUGACUUUAAAUAAUCAUAGCAUCGACUGUACAAAAUAUGACAGCUAAACCGAAUUUCGAUUUUGAGAAGGAGGGCUCAUUGACCAUAGGACAUGUGGAUGAGGAUGAAGUGGAUCGCAUUGCGGCCAGCUUCAAGGGACGCUCCCUGUUCAUCACGGGCGGAACGGGCUUUCUUGGCAAGGUGCUGGUUGAGAAGCUGCUGCGGUCGUGUGGGGAACUAAAGCGUAUUUAUCUGCUCAUUCGACCCAAGAAGGGCAAGGAUCCACAGGAGCGCAUUAAGGAUAUAUUUCAGAAUGUGUUAUUCGACCAGGUUAAACAGUUGCGUGGCGAGAAGCAAAUCCUGGAGCAGGUGGUGGCCAUUGCGGGAGAUGUGCUGCUGCCGGGCUUAGGGAUCUCAGAGCAGGAUCUGGAGACGCUGCGCAAUGAGGUCUCUAUUGUGUAUCACUGCGCUGCAACAGUUCGCUUUGAUGAGCCACUUCGUAAUGCCGUAUUCAUGAAUACCCGUGGCACUAUGUACAUGCUGAAAUUGGCGGGCACACUGAAUCAAUUGGAAUUCUUUGCCUACUGCUCCACGGCCUAUUGCCACCUGCAUGUGAAGACGCUGUACGAGAAGCCCUACGAUCCACCAGCAAAUCCGCAUCAAGUGAUCCAGGCAUGCGAGUGGCUAACCGAUGAAGAGGUCUCCCUCAUUGAGCGUAAGAUUUUGGGGGAUAUACCGAAUACCUAUGCGUAUACCAAGUCCCUGGCCGAGGCCCUGGUCGUGGAGAAGUUCAACGAGUUGCCUGCGGUUAUAUUGCGUCCGUCUAUAGUUAUACCCAUUUGGAAGGAGCCCAUUCCUGGUUGGACGGACAACAUUAAUGGACCCACUGGUUUGCUCAUUGGUGCCGGCAAAGGUGUUAUACGCACCAUGUAUUGCAAUUCUUCCGGAUAUGGUGACUUCCUGCCCGUGGACAUUGCGGUGAAUGGCAUUUUGGUAGCCAGUUGGCGUAACAUCACAGCAGGAACGGACAGCACAAAUCGUGUGGCGCACAUGACCUCGUCCAAUGACAUAAAGGUCUCCUGGGCGGAGAUCAUUGAGCUGGGCCGUUGGGUUAUUGAGAACAAGGUGCCUCUAAACGGCGUAGCCUGGUAUCCUGGUGGUUCCAUGAAGUCCAACUAUUGGGUGCACUUCAUCUGCAUGGUACUCUUCCAAUGGCUACCAGCCUUGUUUGUCGAUGCUCUUCUCAUACUCCUACGUUAUCCUCCUGUACUCUGCCGCGUCCAGAAUCGUAUUUAUAAGGGUUUCGAAGUCUUUGAAUAUUAUGCCAAUAAUGUCUGGAGCUUUGAUAAUUCUGAAGCCGUUAAAUUACGCAAACUUAUGAACAAUAAGGAACGAAAAACCUAUGUCAUUGAGAAGAUUGAUUUGGAUCUAAUAGAUUAUUUUACAAACAGUGUGUUGUGUGCUCGUCGUUUGAUUCUAAAAGAAUCAGAUGAGUCUAUACCAUCGGCCAGACGCCAUAUGAAAGUAAUGUGGGUCGUGGACAAAGUGUACAAGGGCAUUUGGUUAUUUGGAAUUUUAUACAUGCUAUACAGAUGUUUUUUCGCCAGCUAAACUAAACAGUGCAUAAAUUUAAGUUUAUUUAAGUGCUUGAGACCAAAAGUUGCCCCAACCGCUUUUCAUGCCGCACAAGAUAUAUUUGAUUACGUAUUUAGGUCUACUAUUUUUACUUGGUGCUGAUUAGCUUUUAUAAAUAUUAUGUUAUUAUUUAGUCCUAAGUUUUAAAAUUCAGCAAAUAAAAAAUUGUUUACUCUA